CCCCAGGAAAGAGUGGUCACUGUAGGAGCAGACUGAGAACAGGUUGUCCAGAAGAUGAACACUGAGCCCCUUACUCGUUCAGAGGUAUUUGGACAGCUCAGGAGAGAGCUCUAUGGAGAGGAGCAGUCAAGUCAGUCUAACGCACAUAUAUUCAUCAUCCUAGGAGCGUCUGGAGAUCUUGCUAAAAAGAAGAUCUAUCCAACUCUAUGGUGGUUAUUCAGAGAUGGGCUUCUCCCAGACAACACACACUUUGUGGGUUUUGCUCGGUCUAACCUGACAGUGGAGGACAUUAAGGCAGCGUGUCUGCCCCAUAUGAAGGUCAGUGAUAAAGAGAGUGAUGGUCUAUCAGCAUUCUUCAGUAAGAACUCUUACCUGAGUGGCAGGUAUGACGAGGGCAGUUCCUUUGAUCAACUCAACAGCUAUCUGUCAUCUCUGCCCGGGGGAGCAAAUGCCAACCGACUCUACUACCUGGCUCUGCCACCCACUGUCUACCACCAUGUCAGCAUAAACAUCAGAAACCACUGCAUGAGCCACAAAGGCUGGACAAGGGUAAUUUUUGAGAAGCCAUUUGGUCGUGACCUCCAAAGCUCACAAGAAUUGUCAGUCCACCUGUCUUCCCUGUUUACAGAGGACCAAAUUUACCGCAUAGAUCACUACCUUGGAAAGGAGAUGGUCCAGAACCUCAUGGUGCUCAGGUUUGGAAAUCGCAUUUUUGGGCCCAUUUGGAACAGGAACAGUGUAGCCUGUGUGGUCCUGACUUUCAAAGAGCCCUUUGGCACUCAGGGCCGUGGAGGAUACUUUGAUGACUUUGGCAUAAUUCGAGAUGUCAUGCAAAACCAUCUGCUCCAGAUGCUCUGUUUGGUUGCCAUGGAGAAACCAGCUUCCACCAGUCCAGAUGAUGUGAGGGAUGAAAAGGUGAAGGUGCUGAAGUGUGUAGCUCCUGUUGCAAUGACAGAUGUGGUGCUUGGCCAGUAUGUUGGAGAUCCCAAAGGGGAGGGUGACACCAAGCUGGGUUACCUUGAUGAUCCCACUGUACCAAAAAAUUCCUGCACUCCAACAUUUGCCACUGCAGUGCUCUAUGUCCAGAAUGAAAGAUGGGAUGGUGUUCCUUUCAUUCUGCGCUGUGGUAAAGCUCUAAAUGAGCGGAAAGCAGAAGUACGUCUGCAAUUCACAGAUGUGCCAGGAGACAUCUUUGGCGAACGCUGUCAGAGGAACGAAUUGGUUGUACGAGUGCAGCCAGAUGAAGCCAUUUACCUGAAGAUGAUGACCAAGAGGCCUGGGGUUUAUUUCAGCCCAGAGGAGACUGAGCUGGAUCUCACCUACAAGAGCAGAUACAAGAAUGUGAAGCUCCCUGAUGCUUAUGAGAGGCUGAUUCUGGAUGUCUUCUGUGGAAAUCAGAUGCACUUUGUCCGAAGUGAUGAGUUGCGGGAAGCCUGGAGGAUUUUCACUCCCCUCCUCCACCAAAUAGAGGCAGAGAAGAGGCAACCCAUUCCUUACACAUAUGGAAGCCGUGGUCCGAAUGAAGCUGAUGAUCUCGUGAAGAGGGCAGGAUUUCGAUAUGAGGGGACAUACAAGUGGGUGCAGCCCCACACAACCUGAUGCUUCAUGUCACAUGCACAUUCACUCGCAUGGUGAUAACUGCCACUUUAUGACAGUUUACAAAAAUUAAACUUCUCUUCCGUCACUGCUGUAUUAGUUUGAUUUUGUCUGCACGUACAAAAGGAAAAGCACUGCUUUUUACUUCCAAUCAGACAAGAAUGAAAAUUAAAGGGAAACAGCCUGAUUUAACAUGGACAUCAGAAAUUUCUUAAUCUUUAUUCACUUUAAUGAGGACAAAUGAGACCUGUAGAGCAGAAAAAUCAUUGUAGCGACUUGCAGAUGGAGUGAUGUACAUAGAACAUUUAUUAUCAUAGUGAUUUGAAUGCUUUCAAUAAAAGCUUGUUCUUUGCUGUCAGCAGGCCUGUUUUUGCAGUUAUCACUAAACUAUAAUGAUGCACAAAGUUAUUCACGCAACACCCCACCCGCUAGUAUUCAUACUGGAAGGACUUGUUGGACUGGUUUGUAAGAGAUGGUGCCUCUCUUACAAACAGUCAUAAAGGAGAUAGUUUAAAAUGUAAAGAUGCAGGUGAGAAAAGCUUCCAUGUCAGUGUUUUAAGCUUAAUCAGCACUGUAAGUUGCUGUUAAUGGCAUGUUAAUCACUAACAAUGCAUGAAUAAAGUUUGAGAUUACUUUCUUUUUUGUUGCAAAGUUUUACCAUAAAAUUUGGAGAUUUUCAUAAGCUUUUUGAAA